GAUGGCGUUUCACUACGGCACAUCUAGACGUGAAGCGAAUUGUCAAACGUUCAAGAGAUAAAUACAGAAACAGCGGUCCGCAUAACAUCAUAGAGAGGGCCAUCAGAAAGCCAUUGUAAUUUCAAGUAAGAGACUUUAGUGUCAUUGUAACUUUUAUCAUGCCGUCUCCCAAAACUAAAAACCCAGGUCGCAGUGGAGGCAGCCCGGUUGUCGGCAGCUCGAAUGAUCGCUUUGAGUUCGCAUCUCUGAACAAGUCUCUGCUUCAGCGGCAGGGUUCGGACCCAACCACUGCCCGGCUGCGGGCCUCGGAGAGCCCCACACGGCGCCGAGGCUCAAGCUCCUCUACCGGCUCCGCCAGCGGCCAGGGGCCUGAGGAGGACGGUAUACGGCUUAACCCGUCAUUCAUCCGGGUAGCGCUCAGCUCGCUUUUGGCCAUCGACCUGUGGAUGUCCAAGCGGCUCGGGGUGUGCGCCUGUGAGGACUCGUCCUGGGGCAGCGUCCGUCCCUUGAUGAAACUGAUAGAGAUAUCCGGACAUGGCAUCCCGUGGCUGGCUGGUACCGCGUACUGCAUGUACAAGAGCGACAGUGCUGCGGGACAAGAAGUGAUGCUCAACCUCUUUAUAGGCUUACUGUUGGACUUGAUUUUGGUGGGUAUUGUUAAGGCCCUUGUGCGUCGGCGUCGUCCCUCUCAUAACCGAAUGGACAUGUUUGCUACAUUUUCCGUGGAUCGAUAUUCGUUUCCUUCGGGCCAUGCCACUCGAGCUGCGAUGUGUGGCCGGUUCGUGUUGGCCCACCUGGUUUUGGCCGCCCCUCUGAGGGUCUUGGUUCAGCUCUGGGUUGGGACAGUGGGUCUAAGCAGGGUGAUGCUAGGGAGGCAUAAUGUGACUGAUGUGAUGUUUGGGUUCUGGAUGGGAUACUGCCAAUACAACCUGAUAGAGAUGUUGUGGAUCUCACCACAGACACUGCAAGGGCUGCUGGGUUAUGUAGUUUGACAUUAUUUAGCACUGAGGGAAAGCAUAAUCAUUCAGAAAUAUUAAAUUGGUUAAAUAUUGAUUGUAACAGUAAAGACGUAAGAUAAACAGAAGAGCAUGGUGACUUGGGGGUGAGCGAUAUGACCAUUAUAAAAUUUAAUUGUGAUUUGACCCUGUGGUAGAUUUCACAGUGAGGCGAAAGCUCUAGGGAGAAGCUAUCAGCAUUAAUGACCUCUUAAGACAAAAUUAAGAUGCUGAGUGGAUGAGAAUCAUGAUUCUAAUUGUGACCCAGGCUUUUAGAAAAUUGCUUUGCCAUAUCGGCCACCCCUAGUGCAGCGUGAACAUUGAUGCAUGCUACAAAAUAAUAUUUUUUAUAUCCUACAGUAUCCUACAUACUGCACUUAACCCUUUGGAGAGUAUGCUCCAGGAUUGGUCCAAACCUAAACAGUGCGAAAUGUUAGAAAUGGAGGGCUUCAAGGAUUCAACAUCUUAUAUUUUUUACAAUCCACAUACUUUUAUACUUUUUAAAUGACCAUAGUACACAGCAGUAACAUUCCUAUAAUUUUAAUAUUUGUAUAACUAUAAGUACAAACUGUGAAUUUUUACAACUGGUAUGUUUAACAAUAACUGCUAUGAUUCUCUUACAUUCUGAUGCUAUUUUUCAUUAUAUCAAAUUUUAAUGAACAGACAUUAAAUCAUCCAUCAUCGGUCACAUGUUGUUAUUAGCAAGAUCACUAGAUGAAGCUCCAAGUAUCCAAUCUUGAUGUUGAACAGUUAGAGGAAAAUAAAUAGUGACUGUGAGUGCGACAGACGUGGAUUACAAUUAGACCAUUCGUGAUCUGUGCUUUAAAAAUCAAGAUUCGGUUCACAGUGCAAUGCAAGCACAGGACCAUACCCAUUUUAGAGAAGACUGAAAUGUGAUACAAACAAUACACAAAUCCCAUGUAUUUCAGAACAUGUUUGUAGUAGAGUAAAUGUCAUCAAAACCCUGGUAGAUGGCAACACACAUUAUGUUGUCUAAUCUAUACAACAGUUAUUUUAGUCUUCUAUCAGCCUUUGUUGUGGAUCAAUUAUUCCAGUUGUGAGAGGUGUUCCCGGCUUCAGCUGCUCCUAACAUGAUUUGAGUGCCAGUCAUUUCGUUAUAUCUCAUCUGCUUUAAAUGAUGGAAGCAGCUCAGGUGAUGGCAUAGGCUUAUUACCUGAACAUUAGAAUGGCAAAUAUAAAGCAAAUAAAGUAGGUCACACAUUACACCGCUGGAAAAUUUAACGGUACAAUUUGGAUACGCUGUUUGUUUUUUUUAUGACAAGCUCUUUCUCUUAAGUAAAUUAUGUUUAUUAAGUUCACUAAGUAGAUUUAUUUUCUCUGUACAUUCUGCAAUAACUCCUUAAAUAAUUGCCAAGUAAGAAUGCUAAAUUUAGUUGUGAUACAUAUUUGAUAUGGAUUUCAUUUGCAAAGUAUGUUAUGUAGAGGUAAAGCACGAUUUAACUGUGGGUGGAUCAGCCUCAUUGUUCAGUGGAUAUUUGAAACGGCUACAGUGGAAGUUAACAGUUUGGUGUCAAUCAUAGGUGCUGUUUUGCUUUAUAUGUGGUAAGAGAAGGGGGUGCCUUGUAUAAAAUACUGUAUGUUGUCCACAUACUGUUACAUCGAUACUUCUCUUGGUGCAUAUGUUUAUGGAUUUUUUUUACAUUCUUAAUGGAUGAAUUUUAUUUUGUUUUUAAAUACAAAACAGCAAAGCAGACAGCACCACGGGACUGGUCAGUGUGGUUAAAUUUUUUCAGAUAAUUCCAAGUUAAUAGAUGAACUGUAAGCAAGUUACAAUUAAGCCCAAAACUUUUUUCUUCUGCUGAGUUGUUGAAUUUGUGCAUGUGUAAACCAACUACUGAUUAACUCUGUGUAAAACCAGUAAAUUCAGUCAAUUCAUAUGUUCAACCAGGAUACUGGAUAUUUAGAUGCUGCUACCCAGUGCAGCAAAUUUUCUAGUAUCUGUGCCAAUAUCCAGUCCCAGUAUUGGAUCAGUAAAUCCCUGGUGCAAAGUGUAGUGCAAAAUCUAGUGCCUAACAGGAAACAAAAGCUGAUGCAAAUGAAAAUGAGGCAUUUAAAGAUAAGAAGGAUAUUACUUAGACUUUCAUUUCUUCAGAUGAAUUCACAUUUGUUUGGGUCAGGUCUGAAUUUGGCCACUUGAUUCUCAGUUCACUUUGUCCUUAUUAUUGUGGCUUUGUCACUGUCCAGAGUAAGUGUUUCAGUUGAAUAGUGAUUGGCUUAACUGUCUCUUGCACCAGGACAUAAGAGAGUAAGCAAUACAGAUUAAACAUCAAACGCAAUGCCAAACCAAUGUGACGUCCAAGAAAUCUGGGUAAAGGUGAAAGUAAAGUUGGAGCUUAAGAAACUUUUUGACUUGGAUUGAUCGUCUAUUUUUAAUUGCCAUGACACAUCAAUAGUUUAUCACUGCCAUACUGCCGUUGAAUUGCGUUCCCCAUAUUACUUUAAACAACAACCCCAACAACCAGAUUGUUGCGAGGUUUCAGAUUUCACAGAUCUAACGUUUUAGAGCUGCAUCAAUUUGGCUUUUGUUAUAAUAUUGGUAUAGUUUGCACCAUUUGUCUACAAAUUAACCAGCUUUAACUAGUAACAGCCUGGUGUCCAGGCCAAUUUUUGGCUAUUGAACCUAGUGGAGCCAUGACCUGAGCAGAACAAAAGGGAGUAGCUGCAAAAAAAACAAAAAAAAAAAACAACAACAUGCUGGACCAAAAUGUUUUUCUAGUCUUUCAAAUGAACACAUUUGCACAUUCCUAUUUUGUCAUUAUUAUUUAACACCAAACCUUUAUUGCCUGCUGUCAAUGUAAAAUGUAUUGUGUUAAUGCACUGUGGCUGCACUGUGUUGUAUUCAUUACAACAGUGGUAGAAACUCUUAAAUACUCAUCUCAAUAAGAGUUAUGCCGAAAUGCUGUUUUUUCAUUAAAUGGUGAAUGACUUCAACCUAA